AUGUCGAUGACGGGUGUCAAAGAUCUGACAUUAUGUCAUUGGUACAACUUUGGCCAGACGGGCAUCACUCUUGAGGUGGCCAUUAAAGAUAAUGAGCGUCAUCUGUCCGAGAGGCUGGCGGCAGCCCUGCGGUUCCCCACUGUCAGCACAGGCCUACACGAGUACAAUCGGGAGGCCCUAGUGGACUUCGUCCAGUUCCUUGAGAAAGCCUUCCCACAGGUCCAUUCAUCCCAUUUGGUCAAACGUCAUGUGGUGGCCAACUAUAGCCUGCUUUAUGAGGUCCAAGGUUCAGACCCCAAGCUCGUGCCUUACAUGCUGUGUGCGCACACGGAUGUGGUUCCAGCUGAUGCGACUAAGUGGCACCACCCGCCAUUUGUGGGACAGGUGCUGGACGGGGAAAUCUGGGGCAGGGGUGCCAUCGAUGCCAAGGGCAUUCUCAUGGGCAUCAUGGAGGCACUUGAGUUCCGUCUGGAGCAGGGGGACCUGCCCCGUCGUGGUCUGUUCUUGGCCUUUGGCCACGACGAAGAGGUUCAAGGUCUGGAUGGUGCAGCUGCCAUUAGCCGUGUGCUGCGGGCCAUGGGCGUUAAGCAGGUGGAAUUCAUCCUGGACGAGG